AAAGAGAGCGCGCGCCAGGGAGAGGAGAAAAGAAGAUGAGGAUUAUUUGCAGACAGAUAGUCUUGUUAUUUUCUGGAUUUUGGGGACUCGCCAUGGGAGCCUUUCCGAGCAGCGUGCAAAUAGGUGGUCUCUUCAUCCGAAACACAGAUCAGGAAUACACUGCUUUUCGAUUAGCAAUUUUUCUUCAUAACACCAGCCCCAAUGCGUCAGAAGCUCCUUUUAAUUUGGUACCUCAUGUGGACAACAUUGAGACAGCCAACAGUUUUGCUGUAACAAAUGCUUUCUGUUCACAGUAUUCUAGAGGAGUAUUUGCCAUUUUUGGACUCUAUGAUAAGAGGUCAGUACAUACCCUGACCUCAUUCUGCAGCGCCUUACACAUCUCCCUCAUCACACCAAGUUUCCCUACUGAGGGGGAGAGCCAGUUUGUGCUGCAGCUAAGGCCUUCCUUACGAGGAGCACUCUUGAGUCUGCUGGAUCACUAUGAAUGGAACUGUUUUGUCUUCCUGUAUGACACAGACAGGGGAUACUCGAUACUUCAAGCUAUCAUGGAAAAAGCAGGACAAAAUGGUUGGCAUGUCAGCGCUAUAUGUGUGGAAAAUUUUAAUGAUGUCAGCUAUAGGCAACUUCUAGAAGAGCUUGAUAGAAGACAAGAGAAGAAAUUUGUAAUAGACUGUGAGAUAGAGAGGCUUCAAAACAUAUUAGAACAGAUUGUGAGUGUUGGAAAGCAUGUUAAAGGCUACCAUUAUAUCAUUGCAAACUUGGGAUUCAAGGAUAUUUCUCUUGAGAGGUUUAUACAUGGUGGAGCCAAUGUUACAGGAUUCCAGUUAGUAGAUUUUAAUACACCCAUGGUAACCAAAUUAAUGGAUCGUUGGAAGAAACUAGAUCAGAGAGAAUAUCCAGGAUCUGAGACACCUCCAAAGUAUACAUCUGCUCUGACUUAUGAUGGAGUCCUUGUGAUGGCUGAAACAUUCCGAAGUCUUAGGAGACAGAAAAUUGAUAUUUCCAGGAGAGGAAAUGCUGGGGAUUGUCUGGCAAAUCCUGCUGCUCCAUGGGGCCAGGGGAUUGACAUGGAGAGGACGCUCAAACAGGUUCAAAUUCAAGGGCUGACAGGGAAUGUUCAGUUUGACCACUAUGGACGUAGGGUCAAUUACACAAUGGAUGUGUUUGAGCUAAAGAGCACAGGACCUAGAAAGGUUGGGUACUGGAAUGAUAUGGAUAAAUUAGUCUUAAUUCAAGAUAUGCCCACUCUUGGCAAUGACACAGCAGCUAUUGAGAACAGAACAGUCGUUGUAACCACUAUUAUGGAAUCCCCAUAUGUUAUGUACAAGAAAAAUCAUGAAAUGUUUGAAGGAAAUGACAAGUAUGAAGGAUACUGUGUAGAUUUGGCAUCUGAAAUUGCAAAACAUAUUGGUAUCAAGUAUAAAAUUGCCAUUGUCCCUGAUGGAAAAUAUGGAGCAAGGGAUGCAGACACAAAAAUCUGGAAUGGGAUGGUAGGGGAACUUGUUUAUGGGAAAGCAGAGAUUGCUAUUGCCCCUCUGACAAUCACUUUGGUCCGAGAGGAGGUCAUUGACUUCUCUAAGCCCUUCAUGAGUUUGGGCAUAUCUAUUAUGAUCAAAAAGCCUCAGAAAUCUAAACCAGGAGUGUUUUCCUUCUUGGAUCCUCUGGCCUAUGAGAUUUGGAUGUGCAUAGUCUUUGCCUACAUUGGUGUCAGCGUGGUCUUGUUCCUAGUUAGUAGAUUUAGUCCAUAUGAGUGGCACACAGAAGAGCCAGAAGAUGGAAAGGAAGGACCCAGCGACCAGCCUCCCAAUGAGUUUGGCAUCUUUAACAGCCUCUGGUUUUCCCUGGGUGCUUUUAUGCAGCAAGGAUGUGACAUUUCACCCAGAUCUCUCUCAGGUCGAAUUGUUGGAGGUGUUUGGUGGUUCUUUACACUCAUCAUUAUAUCAUCUUAUACUGCUAACCUCGCUGCUUUCCUGACUGUUGAGAGAAUGGUCUCCCCCAUAGAAAGUGCGGAAGACCUGGCCAAACAAACAGAAAUUGCCUAUGGAACAUUGGAUUCAGGGUCAACAAAAGAAUUCUUCAGAAGAUCAAAAAUAGCAGUGUAUGAAAAGAUGUGGACCUACAUGCGAUCAGCAGAGCCAUCAGUGUUCACUAGGACUACAGCUGAGGGAGUAGCUCGUGUCCGAAAAUCCAAGGGCAAAUUUGCCUUUCUCCUGGAGUCCACUAUGAAUGAAUACAUUGAGCAGCGAAAGCCAUGUGACACAAUGAAAGUGGGAGGAAAUCUGGAUUCGAAAGGCUAUGGAGUAGCAACACCCAAGGGUUCUUCAUUAAGAACUCCUGUAAACCUUGCCGUUUUGAAACUCAGUGAGGCAGGCGUCUUAGACAAGCUGAAAAACAAAUGGUGGUACGAUAAAGGUGAAUGUGGACCCAAGGACUCUGGAAGCAAGGACAAGACGAGUGCCUUGAGCCUGAGCAACGUAGCAGGCGUCUUCUACAUUCUGGUUGGCGGCUUGGGCUUGGCAAUGCUGGUGGCUUUGAUAGAGUUCUGUUACAAGUCCAGGGCAGAAGCGAAGAGAAUGAAGCUGACCUUUUCUGAAGCCAUAAGAAACAAAGCCAGAUUAUCCAUCACUGGGAGUGUAGGUGAAAAUGGCCGCGUCUUGACACCCGACUGCCCAAAGGCUGUACACACUGGAACUGCAAUUAGACAAAGUUCAGGAUUGGCUGUCAUUGCAUCAGACCUACCAUAA